AAAAACCAUCAGACGAGGAAAUAAAUACAGGUUUUAUAACAGAAAAUAAACAGUUUCUUCAUUCUAGUAAUUUCAAUGAUUUUUAUAACAAUGUAAAAGAAACAAUUCAAUCUAAAGAAGAUGCAUUUAUAGCUAAGGGUUCCCAUGGAAUAUUUAACAAUGUUAUUGAUAUGAACAUAAAUAUGUGUAAAUAUGAUCCGCUUAGAGGGGCAUCAUAUAUUAAAUUACCAAAAAUAAUAUCUGAUAAAAAAGCUAUUAUCAAUAUUAAAAACAAAGAUAACAAAUGUUUUCUUUGGUCAAUUCUUGCUGCUUUACAUCCACAAGAUAAAAAUUCAGAAAGAAUUAGUAAGUAUAAAGAAUGGGAAAAUGAAUUCGAUGAAGUAUUUAAAAGUUUAAAAAUUAAAUAUCCUGUUAAAUUAAAUGAAAUUUCUAAAUUUGAAAGAAAAACAAAUAUUUCUAUUAAUGUGUUUACUUAUGAAUAUGAUGAUAUUAUAGUACCCCUAAAAAUAUGUGAUACUCAAAAAAAAUACAUGUUAACUUAUUUUAUCUUAGAGAAGAAAAUAAUGAACAUUAUUGUUUGAAUCAAAAUUUAUCAAGAUUAGUUUGUUCGCUAAAAACAAAACAUGGCCGUACAACAUAUUUAUGUAACACAUGUUUAUCGCUUUUUUAUACCAAGAAAAGUCUAACAGAUCAUGAGGAAUAUUGUAAAACUAAUAAAUGCGCUAAANAAUAAGUCGACUAUGUUCCCGGCGGAGGCAUUUCUAACCAGCUAUAAAUCUCGUGUUGUUUUCGUUUAAACAGUUGUCACCGCGGCAACCGCGAUAAUUUUCCAUCGUUUCGACGAAGGUUCAGCGAUUCCCGGACCGGAUGUCGAAUCCCGGGACCUCUUUACACGCGGGUGUUAAAGUUCGGCAAGGGCUAUCGAUGUUCACCCCAGUCCGGUACGACAAUCCAGCUUCUAUCACGGCUUCUACUGGUGGUUUACUACUGGUCGGGCCGAAAUAUCUGCGUGAUGACCCGGCCCGUCCGGACGUAAUGUAAAAAAUAUUUGGUAAGAAAUUGACGGACAAAGAUAUCCAAAGAAAUCAUUUAACUUAGAUUGGAAAAAUGAAAAAUUUUCACUUGCUUAUGAUAUAUAUAUGUCAUACAAGAAAACUUUUCAUAAAACACAUCAAGAACUUUCUCUGGUGUAUCUUGAUUCUAGAAAUUUUAAAAUUUCAAGACCAAUGUAUGUAUUAAAUCUUACUAGACAACCGGAUAAUGUUAGUGGAAAUAGAAAUAAUAUUAUUUUGAAUGCAGAAUUUAAUGAGGAUGUACCAAAUGGUACAAUUUGUUAUAUUUGUUUAGUUUCAACUUCUGAAUAA